AUGAGUCGACAACAUCCCCGAUUUCCUAACAAAUCCCUACUCUCUAACACAUAUCUCUUCUUGCUUAUCCUUCUUCUCGUCCCAUCAACUGCCUCCCACUCCGAACCCCAUUCGACAUGGCAGCACUUCCCCAUCACAGCUCCAUUUCACCCUCCUCCUCCAUUUCCUAAACUGAGGUACAUCGCAGCCUCAACCUCGGCAUCGAAAACUCACUCUCCUAUUCCGGGUUCUCGCAACUCUCCUGCAACUCAGCAAAAUCAAAGAAAUUCUCGUUGCAAUCCCUGUACUCUGAUCCGUGCUUCCAGAUUCGAGACAGGUUCUUCACAAAUUUCCACACCAAUACUAGAAAUCAUCUUAUGGUGUGGGGAACAAGAAAUCGAUAUUCAAAUUUACAGUUUGCGCGCCUACCUUGAGUCGUCCGUUCCCAUCCGCUGCCCGAUAGGACGCGUAACGGCAGUAUACAAUUUGGCUAUCCGCACACUUCGGCCCCCACUCCUUCACAGCACUCUCCGAGUUCCUAAAGAACUGGGGAAAUCGGCGCUGAGACUCACCUUCUUCAACCCAAACGCCAUACACUCAAGUCUCCUCUGCAUCCGCGAAUACCACGCUGAUGUGGAGAAAUACGCUUGGGAUACGCUUCCCUUUUAUCAUUUCGAUGUUAGAGAGGCAUUACGGCCGAUUUUUAGGGAUGUUGUGAGAUUGGGGGCUGUGGCGGGCGAUUACGAGAAGAGGACGCAAUGGACACUGAUAGAUGACUGGGACGUGGGCUGGCGAGAUGGUAGAAGGGUUAUGGAGAAGUAUCUCUACCUGGAGGAUUUGGCGAAUGGAGAGGGUGUGGAGUGUGAGGAUCCUGGGCUGAAAGUCUCAGAGAUUCUGACUGAUGGUGGGUUUGAGGUUCUCAGAUCCUGUGCCCUCGUUUACCUUGAAUAG